CCCAGAUCUGCCAUUGAACUCGCGCUCCACGUUCUCCCUCAAAGUGACAAAGUGUUCAACACACAUAACUCAUACCAAAAUUACUCGUAUAAAAGGUCCCACAGACCCCCCUGUCUUCUUCAAAUUCUCAAUUUUUUAACAUCUCCACUCAUAAAUAGAUAAAUUAAAAUUCGCAUCCAUUACAAAUCAUUUUACAAAAUCACAAUCAACAAUUGUAAGAUUCUCCUUACGCCACAAAAUUAUAUUCUCAAAUCUCCCAAAAUCAAAAUCAGAGUUGAUAAUUGUAUAAUUUACAUCGAAAGUCCAGAUUUUGAGCAUUACCCAUUGUUCAAAUUGAUCAAAAGAAAAAAAAAUAUGGGGAGUUUAGGUGCGAUAUUGAAACACCCAGAUGAAUUUUACCCACUUUUGAAGUUGAAGAUGGCCGUUAAAGAGGCGGAAAAGCAGAUCCCACCUGAACUUCAUUGGGGUUUCUGUUAUUCUAUGCUUCACAAAGUUUCCAGAAGUUUCGCUCUUGUUAUUCAACAGCUUGGCACUGAGCUUCGCAAUGCUGUAUGUGUGUUUUACUUGGUCCUUCGAGCCCUCGACACUGUAGAGGAUGAUACAAGCAUUGCUACAGAUGUCAAAUUGCCUAUCCUGAGAGAUUUUCAUAAGCACAUAUAUGAUCGUGACUGGCAUUUUGCUUGUGGUACAAAGCACUACAAAGUCCUGAUGGAUGAGUUUCACCAUGUCUCAACUGCCUUUCUGGAGCUUGAUAGAGGUUACCAGGUGGCAAUUGAGGAAAUCACCAGAAGGAUGGGCGCAGGGAUGGCAAAAUUUAUCUGCAAUGAGGUAGAAACCAUUGGUGACUAUGAUGAAUAUUGCCACUAUGUUGCCGGACUUGUUGGUUUAGGGUUGUCAAAGCUUUUCCACAACACUGGUUUGGAGGAUCUAGCUUCAGAUGAUCUUUCCAAUUCAAUGGGUUUAUUUCUUCAGAAAACCAACAUUAUUCGUGAUUAUCUUGAAGAUAUAAAUGAGAUUCCCAAAUGUCGCAUGUUUUGGCCGCGGGAGAUUUGGAGUAAAUAUGUCAACAAACUCGAGGACUUGAAAUAUGAGGAGAACUCAGAGAAGGCAGUUCAAUGUUUAAAUGAUAUGGUGACAAAUGCAUUAUUUCAUGUAGAAGAUUGCCUAAAGUACAUGUCUGAUUUGCGGGAUCCUGCUAUAUUCCGAUUUUGUGCUAUUCCACAAAUCAUGUCCAUUGGAACUUUAGCUAUAUGCUACAACAAUCUUCAAGUGUUCAGAGGUGUGGUGAAAAUGAGACGCGGUCUCACUGCUAUAGUUAUUGAUCAGACGAACACAAUGCCUGAUGUUUAUGGUGCUUUCUAUGAUUUCGCCUGUAUGAUGAAACCGAAGGUUGACAAGAGGGAUCCAAAUGCAACAAAAACACUGAGUAGGAUUGAAGCAAUCCAGAAAAUCUGCAUGGACUCUGGAACUCUGAACAAAAGGAAAUUGCACGUUGUGAAGAACAAGUCAGCAUACACUCCAAUCAUGAUGGUGGUGUUCUUCAUUGUAUUGGCGGUCAUGUUUGCUCGUCUAUCUGCAAACCGACAGAAUAAUUAUUUAUCAGCGGUAAUGGCGUUCUUGUGAUAUGAGGAGACCUUUACUUUCUCCAAGUGUGAGGUCGUGGCUUGUUUGAUGAAGCAUUUUGUAAUAUACUCCAUAUGCACUACUCCAGUGGAGAGAUGAAUCAUGAAUGUAGUGUAAUACACUUGAUCUGGCUUCUUAUUAAUUUUAAAAUAAAAAUAUCAUUCAAUUUAUUGUUUAGGUUUCAGGACCAACACAAAGUGAAGGCUUGCAGAUUCAUUGAAAUUUGAAACUGAAGUUUAUUGUUGUGUUGUGUACUUGUGUUAUACCAAGUAUUAGAAGUUGUAACUGGGUACUUAUCGAAUUUUAUUUUAUCUAGUCUGUAUUUGAUUUGAAUCUAAUUCGAUUGUUAAGAAACACUUUGUUUGGA